GCUGCUGCUGACAUGGACACUUGGACACGGCGCAGUCUCGCUCCCAGUGUCCCAGCAAUGGACACCUACACGCAGGGCGACACUGUGCCUGAAUGUAACCUUUGAUCUCCAUCGUUUCCCUUCUUUUCUGUUUCUUUUUUUCUUUUCUGUUUGAUUUCUUUGCUCUCAUCUCCGCUGUUUGUUUUGCUUUCCAAGUCAAACAGUUUGGGGAAUGGCUUGGCCGUGCAUCAGCAGGGUGUGCUGUCUGGCUCGCUUCUGGAAUCAGUUCGACAAAUCGGACCUCUCAGUCCCGCUGACCAUCCAGAACUACUCGGAUAUCGCCGAGCAAGAGGUGCGAUCUGUCACCAAGCAGGUCUCCAACACGGACCAUCCCCCGAGGAAUAGUUUCUCAACCCCGGACCACCGUGAUGGCUCCCCACAAGCGCCCGGCGACGGCCCAGGGACCCGGGGGUCGCUAAGGGGGCGGAGGGAGCCCAGUUACAAGCCCCGGGAGGACUACCACCCGCCCGGUGUGCCUUUCCCCAGCGUUACUCAGUACAAGCAGGAUUUCAAACCCUGGCCCAUUCCCAGGAAGGAGAAUUUCCCUUGGAUUAGUAACGGGGGAAGCAGGGCUGACAGUGUUUCGGACAGCCCGGUGAACACUUACCACAAUGCCAACCAAGCACAGGGGGAGAGGGGGGAGAGGGAGGAGCGGGGCAGGGGGCAGAAGUGGGGGGACCAGCAGGAGACAGGAGCAGGCAAAACCAGCUCGUACAGGCAAGAGUACCGGCCAUGGACAGGGGUGAGACCAGCAAAAAGUGCAAGGAAAAAUCCCCCAGCUCCAUAUGCCAGCCCAGGGAACAAGGCCACGCACCUCCCACCUGAGACCAGCUACCAGGCUGCCUACAGUGGCGAGGUUCACAGGUCCAUAGGGCUGCACCAGGCGGACCACAUCCCCUCAACUAUUGCCAACAUCCAGCCCACGUCUGUCCCCCAGCCCAUCCCAGCUCCCAUCCCAGCUACUGCCGCCCCCAGCCCUUGCAGCCUCCAGCACAGCAGCCUGCCCGAGAGGACCGACCUCAGUCUAAGAACCAAGGGAGAGGAACAGCUGGUGAGGACCAAGCUCCCUCCGAACCCCUCAGCCGUCUUUCAGAGUGGGUCGCGGGUCUUCAACAUCUGACCGCUGGCUCCGAUCAUCAAGCAUUCCAAUUUUGGCCAGCUCAGUUUAAAGGAACCAACAGGGGAAUGUUUUCAGUCCAUUCCACACCACAAGAAAUCUAUGCAAGGGAAUGUAAUGCCCUGUCAGUGCAUCUGGACAGGCAAAGUCUGUGGAGUGAGUGAAAAACAGAUGCCACAUAGAGACACCCCCCCCACCCUCUUACAAUUCUUUCUGCCCCUAUACUGCUAUGGAAAUGAAUAUGCAUGUAACUAAUUUGAAAAUAAGCUUUUUUUCAGCAUUGUAGACACAAGAACCUGGCUGCUCCAUGUGUUUGUGUGUAUGUGAGUGCAUACGUGUGCACCUGUUGACUGGAUUUUUUUUUCUUUCUUCCUCCUUCUACUGUACUGUUGACUCUGCUCCAAUAAUGACCAAGAUCACAGUUUGUCACUUAAGUGUGUAUGCUCAAAGCACUCUGUUUGCCCUUUGGUGUUGCUAAGAAAUCUGCUAGUCUUUUAUUAACGUAAAAAGGCAAAAAAAAAAAAAAAAAAAAAAAAG